GACAUGAUUGUUAGAUUUAAGGAGAGAAAAGAUGGAAAGAGCUCGUGGCAGUGGUCUGAAUUUCCCAAUAAGGUUGCGGUACAGCUGAAUGAUACGCAUCCUACUCUUGCAAUUCCAGAGCUAAUGCGAUUACUAAUGGAUGAUGAUGGACUUGGAUGGGAUGAAGCUUGGGAUGUGACAACAAGGACAAUUGCUUAUACAAAUCAUACUGUCCUUCCUGAGGCACUGGAGAAAUGUUCGCAAGCUGUUAUGUGGAAACUUCUUCCUCACCAUAUGGAAAUCAUUGAAGAAAUCGACAAGAGGUUUAUAGCAAUGAUACGUUCAACAAAACCAGAACUUGAAAGUAAGCUUUCCAGCAUGCGCAUUAUGGAUAACAAUCCCCAAAAACCAGUUGUGCGGAUGGCAAAUUUAUGCGUGGUGUCUUCACAUGCGGUGAAUGGUGUUGCCCAGUUGCAUAGUGACAUUUUAAAGUCUGAGUUAUUUGCAGACUAUGUCUCUAUAUGGCCUAAGAAGUUCUAGAAUAAAACCAAUGGUAUAACUCCUCGCAGAUGGCUUUGAUUUUGUAGCCCUGAA